CUUCGCUGUACAUGAUCUUUUUUCUUCUUCCUCUUCUCUGCUGUAAAGCAUUUGGAGCGUCUUUAGCAUACACAUGGGAAGGAGGGGGGGGGGGUUGUCUUCUUCCGACGCAUGCGCCAUCUUUAUAUACACCGCUGCUACGGGUUUCUGCAACUACCCUUACAUACCCUCCGACCCCGACCCCUUUAUAUUUGUACAUUUUGUUUCCUAUGUCUGUUUGUUUUGGUUUGGGAACUGCUGUCCUGCUCUGCUGUAGAUACCAUGGGUGUAGUGUACAGAGUCAUCAAUGUAUGUCACGAGUCCAAUAGUUAUAUAACUGAUCACGAG